AUGAACGGCUACGACCACAUGGUCAUGUCUUACCUUCCGCCUAACAAUAAUACCACUACCGACGAUUACCUGACCACGCUACCCGCAAUGGGCCUCGCAGAGCAGAGCUUUCAAACGCCCACCUAUUCCACCGAUGAUUUCCGAGGCAUCCAUUCCAUAUCCCAAAUGCCUCCUCUUCUCAGCUCUAGCGAAGCCGACCGCGCCUUCAAUCCCACCUACCCAGACUUCCGCUAUGACUCGACUGCACAACAAGAGACACAUGAGCAAUCCGCACCAGAGAGCGCAUCAAUCGAUCGGGAUGAUGAGCUGCUGAGCUUCCAACCAAUCACCUACCAUUUCUCACUGCUCGAUCACUCCCUCCGAAGGAUAUCCCUAUCCCUCAAUGCACGUUUACACGGCAUGUUUUUCAUGGCGGAUCCCCCAAACGCCCCGGGUCUCUUUCCUCAGAUGACUCCUCCAGAACUCACGUGCUACCGCCGCAACCUAUUCCAAGUCACGGGAUCUAUCACUCUUCCUCGCGGUUUGCGCUACAUCUUGACGGAACGCAACGAGCGCAUACCAAUAGUGGCACAGGAACUCACCAUUUCGGCAACAGAGUCAGUCGAGGGCGGUACCGUGAAGCUGAUCUCGGUCCCGUGGAAAACACCAAUCAACAGUCCACCCGUCCCACCCGAGGAAAAGACAGAGAAGGAGCCCACAGUCAUACCACUCGACCUCAUGUCAACUCACGAUCCGGACGUGGAGUUCGCAACAUACCCCUUUGCGUGGAAGCGACUUCAAUUCCGGAUAGCCACAGCCAACAAUGGGCGUCGGAAGGAACUCCAGCAACACUUCGUGGCUCGCUUGAAGCUCGUGGCCACCUUAUCGUCAGGUGAAAGAGUCGUUAUCGCCGAAGCAAGAUCCGCAGCCAUAAUUGUCCGUGGUCGCAGUCCGAGAAAUUUUCAGCAACGGAAGGACCUCCCUGUCGGCGAGAGAGCCACGGGCCGCAAGGCCACGAGCCUUCCCACCAACGUCGCUCGAAGGACUGGCUCAGACCCCCCAAAGCCUACUUCCACUCUGAAAAGAGAACGGAGCUUGGAUAACCCUUUCGCGUUCUUCGAUUUCAAUAACAUCCCCACCGCCGAAUUGAAUUCAUAUGGCGGUUGGACGAGACCAAGCGGCGGCUCCAAUAGCGCACCAGCAUUCCCUACACCUACCUUCAAAACGCCCACUCUUCCGAGCUCGAAAUCGCCAUCUUCAGCUUCCCCACCACUGAAGACUCACCGAAUCUCCCACCCUCACCCCCGAUGA